CGGGACGCCGAUUGGGGCAGGUGCUGGGAGGGGAGCCGGUUGUUUGUUCACACACAUCAUGGAGCCAGCAGGGGCCCAGCUUCGGAGGAGAGAGGGGCUGGCAGAGAAACAAGGGAACAUCUCCCCCCUCAAUGAAAGUACCAAAGAACAUGGGGUUCCUGACCUGGUACAACUGACAAGGCACAUGAAGGCGGUGAAAGAAGAGUUGCUGGAGCAAGCUCACCAGCAGCUGAAUGAGCUGUUUGAUCGGGCCAUGUGGGAAGCUGUGCAGUCCUACCCACCUCAGGGCUGGACCUCGGCCCCUCAGGAAUCCCCAAAAAGAGCCCGGGAAUCAAAUCUGGAGAGACGGAAAGUUUUCAUCCACCGCAAGUCACUGCUUGACGAGCUGAUGGAAGUUCAGCAUUUUCGAACCAUUUAUCAUAUGUUCAUUGCGGGACUGUGUGUCUUCAUCAUCAGCACACUGGCCAUUGACUUCAUUGAUGAAGGAAGGUUAAUGCUGGAGUUUGACCUCCUGAUCUUCAGCUUCGGACAGCUGCCCCUGGCCUUGGUGACCUGGCUGCCCAUGUUUCUAUGCACACUCCUAGCCCCAUACCAGGCUCUCCGGCUAUGGGCUAGACCAGGGGCCAGGACCUGGUAUGUAGGGGCAGGGCUGGGAGCAGGGCUCCUAGCCAUUCAAGCUUUGGUGUUGUGUGCCCUUCCAGUCCACGUGGUCCUGAAGUACCAGCUGUCUCCUGCCUCCCGCUGCGUUCUAGUCUUUGAGCAGGUUCGGUUCCUGAUGAAAAGUUACUCCUUCUUGAGGGAAGCCACACCUGCAAUCUUCCAUGCUAAAGGAGGUGAGAGAACCCAAGCUCCCAGUUUCUCCAGCUACCUCUACUUCCUCUUCUGCCCCACACUCAUGUAUAGAGAGAAUUAUCCCAGGACAACCCAUAUCAGGUGGAAUUAUGUGGCCAAGAACUUUGCCCAGGCCCUGGGGUGUCUGUUCUACGCCUGUUUCAUACUCGGUCGCCUCUGUGUGCCUGUCUUUGACAACAUGAGCCGUGAGCCCUUCAGUACCCGAGCCCUGGUGCUCUCCAUAAUGCAUGCCACAUUGCCCGGUAUCUUCAUGCUAUUGCUCAUAUUCUUCGCCUUUCUUCAUUGCUGGCUCAAUGCCUUUGCAGAGAUGCUACGGUUUGCAGACCGAAUGUUCUACAGGGAUUGGUGGAACUCAACAUCCUUCUCUAACUACUAUCGGACCUGGAAUGUGGUGGUCCAUGAUUGGCUCUAUAGCUACAUCUACCAGGAUGGACUUCGGCUCCUAGGUGUCAAGGCACGAGGUCCAGCCAUGCUCAGUGUGUUCCUGGUCUCCGCUAUUGUCCACGAGUACAUCUUCUGCUUUGUUCUGGGAUUCUUCUACCCUGUAAUGUUGAUUCUCUUCCUCAUUGGAGCAAUGCUUAACUUCAUGAUGCAUGACAAGCACAGUGGGCCUGUGUGGAAUGUCCUCCUAUGGACUAUGCUUUUCCUGGGCCAGGGAAUAAUGGUCAGCUUGUACUGUCAAGAAUGGUACGCCCGGAAACAAUGUCCACUGUCCCAGAUGACCUUCUGGGGACUGGUUACCCCACGAUCCUGGUCCUGUCAUAUCUAAAGGUCAACGUACUGCUGAUGUUCCUCCGGCCAAUGUCUAGUCCUGGGAUUAUACUUCCUAGAGUCUCAGCCCCAUCCCCUGGAACCAAGGCAGUACAAUUCCAAAUCCCACCCCUGGCAAAAAAAAUAAAAAAUAUCUGGAAUACAUGAAACCUGCCACUGGGUGCCAGUGGAAAACAUACAGGAGACAUACCGACAGCCAGAUUGAAAUGAAGGUCCUUCCUCUACUCCAGGUUUCAGAUACAGGCUCUGCCCACUCUAAGCCUCUCUACAGUUAAAGAAACUUGGAAAAAAACUUGGAAAGUCUUGAGAGCAUAACGGAAUGUGAAUGAACUGGGAGGUGAUUGGGGUGUGAGUGGGUGAGGAUGUUGUCUCCUCUUCCUCUUCCUCCCAACAAUAAACUUCCCUUUCUGAGUCUA